GUUGUUGUUCAACAAGAGAAGGAGACGAGAUGGCGGGUACCGCAUCAGAUAUCCCGAUCAAAAGACGUCGUAUGGAUGACACUGACUCAAUAUUUACAGACUUUCCGGGAAACAUUAAAAGGCAACUUGCAAUAAAACUUCACGACUUAUGCGACACUCAUGGCCCUGCUUUGGAAUCACUGAAAUUUAACAAUUGCAAUGCAUCGGAUGACAAUGGUGGAAUCGCAUUUUCUGAUGCAUACUGCAGUGUAACACCUAUGAAAAAUAAACUUUUCUUUGGGGCGAUAUUCGUGGAUGGUUUGAUUAUGAUUUCAAAAUUCUUAGAACAAGGAACUGUUCCAGGUAGCAAAUCAGAAAGACAUGUUCUUGCUAAAUUAUUGGACUACAUUGUUGACAUCGAAACGCAAGCUGCUCUACUGAGUUUGGAACACCUUGGAGAGACAGAGCUUACCAUUGUGCUAGCAAAUCAUUUGUUUGGAAAAUUAGCAACAUCUACAAAGUAUGUCAUUGACAAGUAUUGUACUGGGAAUAAACUCAAGAAAUGUCCCUGUUCCUUGGAUUGUGAUUUAUCUGGCACAUAUGGAGAUACAAGUAUAGGAAAUGAGGAGGUGUGGCAUGGACGAUUAGAUAUCAUUGUCAACCAAGAUAUAGGUGUUAGCGCUGUGGAAUGCGACAACACUGAGAGUCUAGGAGGGAAAACAUCAGCGGAAGUAUCAACAGGUCUGGAAAGAAAUCAGCAAAUAAUUGCUCAGACUGUAGUUUUUUCAUUUCUUCAGAAACAGAAUCAGCCACUGAGUAAGCAUUUUCUGUUUCCAUGUUUCGGCAUAGAAGGAACAAGUUUGGUUAUUUACUUCUAUGAUUCAGAAUAUGACGUUCUCCUGCAAAGCUCUGUUAUUCCUUUACUUGUGCCAGGCACCAGUAAAUCACAUCCAAAGGUCAAUCUAACAGCAAUAUUAGUGUCAUGGUUGGCUGUUAACUGCAAGUACUUGUCUAGCGGUUUGCAGGAAACAUUGAAAUAUAAAGAUGAAACAGCAGGGUUUUUUCUCCAAGCCAAAGACAAAAUUAAGAUUUAUGAAAAAGAAUUAAAAUCUGGAGAUGUUGGAGUGUUGGUACAUUCAGUGUCCGAGGCUGAGGAUUCCUAUGAAGUCUCCCCACAUGGUUUGAAUGAGGCUAGACGUAGACUUUACGAGGUUGUGUGGAGAAGAAUGGAAGACAGUUGAUGUGAUGCCAGGGACAAUUAAAGUUUAAAUAAGAUAUUAAGAGUCAAUGAGGUGAUCAUUCAGUGGUGAUGUUUUGACACUGCCUUCAGUAAAGAUAAGAAUGAACAAUUUCCUUUAUCAUGGUUAGGUGGGCAUGAAGCAAGGAAAUGUAAUCCUGAAAUUGCUGAAUUUAGAUUCGGCAGAGAAUGAUAACGAGACAAAAAAGUUUUUAGAGAAUUAUUUUGGUGAAUAAUGUAUGCUUUUUUCAAAAAAGGAUUGAAUUAGUUACCAGGUGUUAAUAGUUAAUUACAAUUGUUGUGUAUUAUACAGGUGUGCUCAGAAUAAAGUCUGUACCCCUGA